AGGAGCUAAAGCACAGGCGCGCGGAUCUGGGUUCUGCUGCAUCCUCUCAUUACGCAAGAGGUCUCUGCUCCAUGCCAAAUCUUCGAUCACUGGACAUGACCAGUGUGAAGCUGAGUGAUGAGUUCUUCUCAACAAUGCUCUCUGAGGCCUCAAGAUUAGUGAUUGAGAAGCUAACGCACAAGAACGCAUAUCUGGGUUCUGCUGCAUCCUCUCAUUACGCAAUAGGUCUCUGCUCUGUGCCAAAUCUUCGAUCACUGUAUCUGGACAACGUGGGGCUGAGUGAUGAGUACUACUCGACGAUGGCCGAUGAGGCAUCAAAAUCAAAGAUCCAGACGCUUAGUAUGGAGGAUUUUUCAAUAACUGCAUGUCGACUACACUCCAUUAUCUCGCUACCACGCCUCCAGUCACUCAGCUUGAGGAAUAUCAGACCAGUUGACAUGGACGAUGGAGAGAAACUGACUCAUCAAAUAACCUCAGUAGAUGAGCUAUCUGUGGAUGGUAAGCAUGUGACCAGUCUGUGGAAUCUUGGACUUCAUACAUCAUGUCCCAGAGUUCAAAAUCUCCAACUGGACUGGUCUGCCAAUGAGAAUGUCUCAUCAAACAUCGUCACAAUGGCCUGCUCUCCAUUCCAUCAUCUAACUCACCUGCACAUACAGGGAGAUUCGCUUGAUACAUCGUCUACUGCACUAAAAGAUACCGUGUCAUUUUGCAAGGCGGUGAUAGCAUCAUGUCCUGGGCUCACUAAGCUGUCCAUUACCCGCAUUGACCUGUACACCAAGAAGACAGUUGAGAUUAUCCAACUCAUGAAGACUCAUCCAAACCUGACAAGCAUAGAGUUGGAUUGGUGUUGUACCAACACGGCUCUGGAUCCACUGAUUUCUGAGGUGAACAGUGAAGGCAAGCUGACUAUCACCGUGAAGCAUGGUGGGGUAAGAUAUAUAUUACAUGCCCAUCAUUCGAUUGAUUCUUCUCCCUCUUUUUGGCAUUCCAUCGAUUCAAAGUAGGCUAUUUGUUGUAUUAGCCAUAUUUAACUCCGCCCAAUCGGUACCCGAGAAUAAACAAUACACAUAAUUUAAGCUGUCUUUAAUGUGCUUAUUCUGGCCUGAUUAAAAUGACCACGUCUAGCAUUAGGGUUG